UGCUAGUCACCCACGAACACACACUUUUUUAUUUUUUAGUUCCCCUUUGUGAUUAGAAUACACGCCGGCCGCAAUACAGGAGAAAGCGUCCAACUUUGUUUUUAAACAGUAGCGUCGGGACCGCAGACUGGAUGAUGGAUAUAGGCGCACGCCAACAUUUCGCGCGGGAUGAGGUUUGUUGUUAAAGGGAAAUGACUUCUCCGAAUUGAAAGAAACUUGAUUUUUUUUAAUGAGGGAGUUGGCAUCCUGUUCCGCUGCAAGCGAGUCUCGAGCUGUUGGAGGGAUCUGUAGUGUAGCUGUAUCGGAGAAGCACUUGUCUAUGAUGAAGAAAGUGAGUGCGACGUCUGCCGUAAAGUCAGUUCUCGAUGUGGCCGACAACCUUCAGCUCAGUCUGAACUCCGUUCCCACGGCGGAGGAAGUGGCCCUGAACCGCUCCGAGGGCCAGGACGGCGCUGAGAACUCCUCAAAGCUAAUGCUCGAUGGGAAUGAAGACUUAAAGCAGAUGCUGGAAAGUAACAAAGACUCCGCAAAGCUGGAAGCGAUGAAAAGGAUCAUCGGGAUGAUUUCAAGUGGGAAAAAUGCCUCGGAGUUGUUUCCUGCUGUUGUAAAGAAUGUAGCCAGCAAAAAUUUGGAGAUAAAGAAGUUGGUUUAUGUUUAUCUUGUACGCUACGCAGAGGAACAACAGGACCUGGCUCUGUUAUCAAUCGCUACUUUUCAGCGGGGUUUGAAAGAUCCUAACCAGCUGAUUCGCGCAAGCGCUCUGCGAGUUUUAUCAAGUAUUCGUGUCCCAAUUAUAGUCCCCAUAAUGAUGUUGGCUAUCAAGGAAGCAGCAGCAGAUCUCUCUCCUUAUGUAAGAAAAACAGCAGCCCAUGCGAUCCAGAAGCUCUACAGCCUGGAUCCAGACCAAAAAGACAUGCUUAUUGAAGUAAUUGAGAAGCUUCUUAAAGACAAGAGUACGCUCGUGGCGGGAAGUGUCGUGAUGGCCUUUGAAGAGGUGUGUCCAGAUAGAAUUGACUUGAUUCACAAGAACUAUCGGAAGCUUUGUAACUUGCUGGUGGAUGUGGAGGAAUGGGGACAAGUGGUAAUAAUUCAUAUGCUCACCCGAUACGCCCGCACACAGUUUGCCAGCCCGUGGACGGAGGAUGAAUUUGCCGAUGAUGGGAACAGAACCAAUUUUUAUGAAUCUGAUGAGGAAAAACAAAUAGAUGACCAGCAAAAAAAGCCUUAUAUAAUGGACCCUGACCACCGGCUUCUUCUAAAGAACACCAAACCGCUGCUCCAGAGCAGAAAUGCCGCGGUUGUUCUGGCUGUGGCACAGCUAUACUGGCACUUGGCACCCAAAUCAGAAACGGUUACAAUUGCCAAAUCACUGAUACGUCUGCUCCGCAGUUACAGGGAGGUCCAGUAUAUUGUCCUUCAGAACAUUGCAACCAUGUCUAUUCAGAGGAAGGGUUUGUUUGAACCAUAUUUAAAGAGCUUCUAUGUGAGGUCUACAGAUCCAACUAUGCUUAAAACGUUAAAGCUGGAAAUCUUGACUAAUUUGGCAAACGAAUCCAACAUAUCAACCCUUCUUCGCGAAUUUCAGACCUACGUGAAAAGUCAGGACAAACACUUUGCGGCGGCCACCAUUCAGGCUAUCGGGAGAUGCGCAACCAACAUAUCGGCGGUGACUGACACGUGCCUUAAUGGCCUGGUGCAUCUCUUGUCAAACAGAGAUGAUGUUGUGGUUGCAGAAAGCGUUGUUGUCAUUAAGAAGCUGCUUCAAACCCAGCCAUCGCAGCACAGUGACAUCAUUAAACAUAUGGCCAAGCUCCUUGACAAGAUUACUGUUCCGAUGGCUAGAGCGAGCAUUCUGUGGCUGAUCGGAGAGUAUUGUGAAAGGGUACCCAAGAUUGCGCCUGAUGUCUUGAGGAAGACGGCAAAGACUUUUACAAAUGAGGAUGACAUAGUGAAGCUUCAGAUCUUAAACCUUGCAGCAAAGCUGUUCUUGACCAACUCCAAACAGACAAAGUUGCUUACUCAGUACAUAUUAAACCUUGGUAAAUAUGAUCAGAAUUAUGAUAUUAGAGACCGGACACGUUUUGUGAGGCAACUUAUUGUUCCGAAUGAGAAGAGUGGAGCCUUAAGCAAAUACGCCAAGAGAAUAUUUUUGGUCCAGAAACCUGCUCCUCUACUAGAGUCGCCAUUUAAAGACAGAGACCGCUUUCAGCUCGGCACCCUGUCACAUACCCUGAACAGCAAGGCCACGGGUUACUUGGAGUUAUCGGACUGGCCGGAGGUGUCCCCCGAUCCCUCCGUGCGCAAUGUGGAAGUUAUUGAACCAGUUAAAGGAUGGGACACGUCGGUGGCAAAACCAAAGAAAGAGAAAGACGCUGAGAAAUUUUUCUCGGAAUCCGAAGAGGACAAUGAAUCUGCAGCCACCAGUGAAAAUGAAUCUGAUAGUGAAGAGGACAGUAAUGAUGAGGAGGAAAGCAGCAGCGAGGACAGCAAAGACAGCUCGGCCAGUGAAGACGAGGAAGACUCAAAUGAGGAAAAAACGGUAAAGAAGCCAAAGAAAAGUAAAAAUGACAGUGAGUCUGACGAUGAAAAUAAGGAAAGUGCUUCAGAAAGUGAAGAUUCCAGUUCGUCAUCUUCUAGAAAUUCAGAAAAGGAUUCUUCUGGUUCCAGUUCGCAGUCAGAAGAAGAAAGUGAUUCAGAACACAAGACGGCUAAAAAGAUCGUCAACAACAAAAAACCUGAACCCAAAGCCUCAAAAACGGAGACUACCAAGAAAAAGGACAUCUCUCUGCUGGAUCUAGAUGACUUUGAGGUGUCGUCUCCUGUGGUGACUCCUAAACCCACCAUUCUCUCUCCUGCUUUGUUGGCCGAUCUACAAGGUCUCUCGCUCACCACAUCAUCUCCCGUCAUAAAUGUUUCCGCACCUACCUUUGUUCCGUCCAAAACAUUUGAACUUCUCCAUAGAAUGAGUGGCAAAGGACUCGCGGCACACUACCAUUUCCCAAGGCAGCCUUGCAUUUACGGAAGCCAGAUGAUCUCCGUACAAAUUACAUUCCAAAAUACCAGUGAUAAAAAAAUUGAGGAUAUUCACCUAGAAGAAAGAAAGAUGCCAGCAGGGAUGAAGAUGCACGCGUUUAAUCCCAUAGAUUCUCUGGAGCCAGAGGGAUCCAUUACCGUCUCGAUGGGUAUUGACUUCUGCGAUUCCGCUCAGACUGCCAGUUUCCAGUUGUGCACCAAAGAAGACAAGUUUAGUGUUGGAAUCCAGCCACCUCCUGGAGAACUUCUCUUACCAGUGACCAUGUCAGAAAAUGAUUUUAAGAAAGAGCAGGGAAAGCUGACCGGUAUGAAUGAAAGCUCAGCGAGUAUUACCGUUUCUCCGCAAAAUUCUACACCGCAAGUUUUAAUCCAGAAGUUAGUAACGGCUGCAAACCUCGGGGUCGUUGCUUCGGGGGAAAAUGACGUACACAGAUUUGCGGCUAAAACUGUGCACAGCGGGUCGUUGAUGUUGGUCACAGUGGAGCUGAAGGGAAGCUCGGCAGCGCGGCUCAUCGUAAACACGGAGAAGACGCUGAUUGGUUCUGUUCUGCUGCGGGAGCUGAAGCCUGUCCUGUCCCAUGGGUGACCGGCUUACAUCUGGACUUCUGAAUCUGGCACAAAGCAAAAGUGCCUGGCAUCCACUACUGCUGCCUAUCAUUUAUAAUAAUAGCCCUUCCAUCUGGCAGUAGUGGGAAGAAUACACUCUGGACGAUCUCGUCUCCUGCUUUAGAAUGCUAGUAUCUAUCAUGUAUGCAAGCACUUGUGAUAGCUGAGCUUGCUAACCAAAGAUCGUAUGUUUCACUGUCACUUAUUUCUCCAUUUAAACACAUUCGCUAUUUGUUACAGUUUCUUUUGCCCAUAUAAGGAAAUAUUGGGCACUCAAACAAUAAAAAACCCCAAAUCAGGGUAAAUUACAGCCUUCGUAUAUGAAAAAGUGUUGUCAGGUUUCCUGCUCCUCGCAGUUAUGGCAGGUCCUGUUUAAUGUGUUCAUACUGGCUUGUGCUGAACAGAAAAUGAUGAGUUAAUAUAUCAAUAUUUCUGUAUUCUAGAGUUUUCUGUAAUGCAAGUUUAUAAUUGGUCAUCUUGAUUGUUGGAAAUCAUUCUCUAAUAUGUGCUUAUUUUGAGUUGAUCCUUCAAUAAAUUUGUAUGUAAGCAGG